UACCGUAUUGAAUAUCGCGUCCUGUAUAAUAUACUAAAUUCUCAUGCACCUCAGCACCUGUCCUGUCCUAUACUGCAGUUCCCCAAUCCCCACUUUUCGUUCUCCAAUACACCUUACUCCAUAGUCCGUUCGUUAUUUUAGUGUAGUGAUUUUCGUUUAAUUCGAUGCAGUGAUUCGGUAAAUCGUAAUGCGAAAUACGUUGAGUUAUUAUUAUUAUUAUCAUUAUCAUUGUAAUCGUUCGGUCGAUCUGUACGUUACGUAAAUACUAUACGAUAUACUUUACUUUCAGUCCAGUAGACUUUAGACGGAUAUCGAGUUUGAUUGUGCGUUAUCCGACCAAACUUGAAUGCAAUAAUUGUACACACGAUGCGCUGUAGACUGGUUACCUAACCGGAAGUGCGAUUGACCAACAAUGGACCGUUCAGUUGGUCGUGAAGAUGCAGUCGAAGAUGACGCCUGCCCUUCACAACGGGAAAUUGAUUGUAAACCGUAGUAAUUACCCAUAGCCUGGAACACAUACAUUGAUUUCAUGGAAUUUUGUAAAUAUUUGUUGCUCACCAUUUUCCUGUUUCAAAUGGUUUCAGUUGGAGCAAGACAAGCAUUUGACUUUCUUGGAUUUAUGUGGGGAUCUGUAUUAGCUAACUUCUUCGAACUUUUGUUUAUUAUUUUUGGAAUAUUUGGUGUAGUGCAGUCAGAUGUUUUAUACUUAUUAUCAUAUUCAGCAUGGAGUAUUGUUUGGUGUAUUUGGAAUAUAUUUGUAGUUUUAUAUUAUUUGGAUUUGCCAAUUUUUAGUAGUAGUUUUGAUGUGAUGAGCCUUGGUGCAGAUAGUGUUAGUUGGUGGGAAUCUAAUGGUCCUGGUUGUAGAGUAUUUUUUUAUCCAAAUCACACUGGUAUUGAAGAAGAUGCUAUUAAGCCAAUUAGACCAGAUUUGAUCACUGGAUGUGUUAUGGAUUAUCAAAAAAUUGAAACGGCUCAAGCAUCUUUACAAAUACUUUUUGCUGUUUUUGGUAUUCUUUGCAGCUUGUAUGUAUCAUGUUGUUCAAAAUCUAGAGAUGAAGGGAUUUACUACAAGAGUAAGCAACCUAAAACUAUUACGCCAAUAUAUUCUAUUGAGUAUAGUUCACGUCGAGGAGAUGAAAUUGAAGAAAUAAGCACCAUCAGUGGCAGUGAAGAUGGUGAUUUAGAUGCACAAAGUUCCCAAAGUAAACCUAUGACACCGAGACGUGUAAAACGAAGGAGUGUGACUUCAAGAGGUACACUACCUCCUCCACAUCAAGCUCCUCCGCCAUAUCUUAGACGACAAUCUAGCUCUCAAUACUCUAGUCGAAGACAUAAAAAUCCUGUUUCUAGACUUAUCCAACAACAGUAUUCAAAUAAUGGUUUGAAUGAUUCAUCAACUUCCAAUGAUUCAAGCCACCCAUUGUUCCCAGAAUGUCGAGUUGAACUAAGACAUGUUAACAGAGGCAUUGUAAAUCCUGCUUUAGAUACAGAAUCUGAACGUCCGACAUCAGCACGUUCAACAUAUUCUAAUUUCCAUGGAGCACGAGGUCGGCCUAGACAAGUUAGCACUCAUUCAACUUUUUUUGCUCCAUCAGACCAACCUCCACCAGCUUAUCGUAGUAAUGCUUCUGUUAAUUCUGAAACUGUUAUAUGAUUUAGAACAAAAGUAAAACUAGUUCAAAGUAGAUACAAUUUUAAGAUCUCAUUUUUAUUUUAAACAAUGUUACUACUUAAUUAAAAAAUUAGUAGUUGUUUGUUAUGCUACUUUUACAAUAUUUUUGAAAAUUAAGCUUAUUGUAUGAAAUUAAAUUUAAUUUGUAGGUAGCAUAUCAAACCAUUGCUAAAAAAUUUUUUUUUUUUUUUUAAUAAUUGAUACAUGUUUUAAAUAAAAUUAUAGACAGAUUUUUUUAAUGGAAAAAGGUAAAUGAAAUAUAAAAAUUCUUAUAGUUUUUUUAUAAUAUUUUUCUGAAGUAAUGAAUUUAAGAUAUGUAUUUUAUUUAUAAAUGUAAUAUUAGUGUUAAUCAAAAUUUCUAAUUGGAUCUUAAUUUCUGACUAUUUUCAUUAAUCAUAACAUUUUUCAAAAUAAAAUAAAAUGAAUUACUGAAGUUUAAACAUUGAAGUAUUAAUAACAGUUAUCAUUACAAUAGUUUCUAAAUUUAAUUUAACUAACUAUUAUUUCUAUUUUUGGUGAUGUAUUAUGUUUUGGGAUAACUAAAACUUGUAAGUUUUUUCCAUAAUUGACCAAAAUUUUAUUAGUUCCUGUUUUUCCUGUUUUUAACUACAGUUAAAGAUAGAAUUGAUGGUAUAUAAAUUUAAAUGUAUAUAUAAUAUCAUAAUAUAUUGUGUCCUCUACUAUAGGUUAUUUAUUUUCAGUUAAUAACUAAAAUGAAAUUAAUAGGCUCAAAUAGUUUUUUUUUUAAAUCACAUUUUUUCCAAUGUUAGUGAAUAUUAAUUAAUUUUGAUAUACAAUAAUAAUAAAAAAAUAUAUAUAAUACAUAAUGUAUUAUGUAAAUAAUAUUUACUGCCAAUAAAAAUAAGGCAAAAAUCAUAGGUUGUUGAUAACAAGUUCUCUUAAAAAUAAAAUUUAUAAUUUUAAUAAAACUCUUAUCAAAAUACUAAAAUAAAGUAAACAGACUUAAUAUCGUCUUUAAAUGAUUAUACCUUUAUCAGAACAUUCGUGUUCCGUCCAUUUUUUUAAACAUUAAAUUAGAAUAAGUAUAAGUUUUGAAUGUGCAAAUUUUUUUAUACUUAUAUUUUUUUAAACUGUUAAAUUAUGACUGAUAAGUUCAUAUCUAUUUAUAACAUUAUAUCUAUGUAUUUAAAUAUUGUUGAUUAGCAGUUAAAUAGCAGGUUUAAAAUGUUAACUUUAGUUUAAUAUUGCAUAAACAAUUGAUGUUAAUACAGCCGUUUAAUAGAUAUAUUUUUUGUACUUUCUGAAGUGUAUUAUCUCAUAAUGCUAAAAUAUAAUUAUAUUAUAAUAUUUGAAUCUGUGAGCUUAAGGUUUUUAAAUUGUACUCAAGUAGUUAUAUACUAUAUUAAAAUGAUGAAUACAAGUUUGUGACCACUAUGUGUGGCUUCCCUUUGCUUAAUAUUCCAGGCACAUGCUAAGUUACUCAUCUAAGCUGUGUUCAGCUAUUCGAUGAAAUGAAGGCGAGUAGCAAGUCAUGGAAAUUAAUCUUUCAAUCAUUAAUGCAAAUAAUUAUUCAAAGUUCCAUCGUAGAAUAAAAAUAAAUGUUUGGAGUAUGUUUUAUCGUACUGACAAAUAAAUACCAAAUAAUAUAGGUAUAUGAAAGCUUUUUAUUUGUACAACUAUACUUACAAUUCAAUAGGUUUAAUGUAGUUUAAUACAAUGUCAAAAAUCAGUCUAAUAUCAAAACACUUAAACAAAAAUAUUAAUUGUUUUAUCCUUUAGUGUAAUAAUAAAAUAAAUAAAUAAGGAAAGACAUGUAAAAUAAAUAGAAAUUAGUAGGUUAUUAAUUAAUUAAUAAAUAAAUGUAUUAAUUAGAUAGCUUUGACGUAAAUGUAUUAAUAAUUCAACGAACCAUUUUAACAACUCAUUAACUUAAGCCAAAUAAUUGUGAUAUAUUUUUUUUUUAUGUAGAUUCUUUUCUGACUAAAUGUAUUUGUUUUUUGUUGUGAUUAAUUGUAUGUACUUAAAAAUAUGUUAUUAAACUUCUAUCUCAAAAUAAACAAGCCUAUCCAAAAUGUAUGUUGUUUUUUACUGUAAUUAUAAUUAUAGAUUAUAAUUUA